CAUAGAAUGACAGGUGUAAGAGCCUACAUGACUGGAAAAAUUAAAGUAAAGGGAGAUCUCUUGUUAGCCCAAAGAUUGGAAGAAGUGUUUGAAAAGCUGGGUGGAAGAGAGAGAGCCAUUGAGUUUAUAAAAAAGAAUGAAGAGGCUUUUACGGCGGUAAACAAAUCAAAGCUGUAAAUUUAUGCGUCGAUUGUGGCACAGCAACAAGGCUGCGCAACACACCGCAGCGGCAUACAAUCCAUAAAUAAAGAUUGAAUUAUACUCCCUUUUUUUCUUGUUGAAUUUAUUCUUGUAUCCAUGCCCUCUUUUGCUAGCUACCCUUCCUCUCUUCCUUACUUUGCUGAACUUCACGAUGAAGGAUUGUUGAGCGGAUUGAUUGCUGGGCUUAAGGGUAGUCGCGUCAGGGUUAAGAAGGCACCUGCCAACCAAGGAAAAGCACCCACCCACCCCUUUAUGAACUAUUACGACCGUCUUGUCAACAAAGCUCAUACUGACAAUGGUGCAGUUAUCCAUGCCUCUACGCUUGACUCGUGUGUAGAUCUGUACUAUGCCUCGGACCGACUGAGUAAUCGAUAUGAAAAGCAAAAGCUGUAUGAAGACGCUUGGGCUGCUGAUCCUGAAAUGACAUUGCAUAUUAUCUUUUACAUGCGCUCUAUUCAUCGUGGCCAGAGUCUCAUUGACGGAUUCAUGGACGCCUUUUCUUGGCUGGUCCGAUAUCAUCCUCGUACUGCCCUGGCUAAUCUGCAUGUUUUGAUCGAUGGAACCGUUCGUACGGAUGCUGCUCUCAUGGCGCUUAGAAGACGCGAGCGCAUGAAGGUGAAGGCUGAGCGUGAGGGGUGGGAGCUUAUGGAUGAUGACAAGGAAGAGGAGUUGCUCGAGCGACGUGAUUUCAAGACGCAUGGCUACUGGAAGGAUCUUUGCACUAUUUUGACAAUCUAUGCUCAAGGUGAAAUAGCUGGUCCCGUCAGUUCUGAUGGUUACAAGGCUUUGAAGUGGCCUCGUAUGGCUAGAAGUACAAACCGCUUGAAAGUGUAUAGUCAUCGCAGGGCCAGAUAUGCUGCACGUAAGAAUAUGGAUCCAGAAAUGGCCAAAAAGGAGGUGGAAAGAUCUCUUGAGAGAGUCAAGGAGUAUAAUGCCAAGAAGCAGGUGGAAGCAAAGGAGAAGCGUCAUGAGAUCCGCAAGCGAAGGAACGACCAUGUUGAUUACCUUUUGCAUGAACACAAGACUUACCGAGCGCUUCAUUUUACUAUUGCCAGGCUAUUUGCUAACCAGCUCAAGACGGACAUGGCGCAAUUACAAAAGAAUAAAGCUGCUGUUCAAGAAAAUCGUCUGAAAGGAAAGUACGCAUUAGGAUUCAACCUGAGUCUCGCCGCAAAAUGGGCUCCCUCUCUAGGUAAUUGUCAUGACAAACAUACGUUUUUGGCAACAUCCAUCGCUGAGCUACUUUUCCCUCCCAAGAGCCAUCAAGGCCCUGGUGAAUCGCGUGAGCAUUACCUCAACAAGGUCAGAGAUCUUUAUCGCAAGCAGUACCUCAUUCCUCUUCGUGAAGCUAUCGAUUUGGCGGAGCAUUAUUUGAAAGAAGGUAAAUGGGAUCAGCUCGAUCUUGGUCAUGUGCCAGCUGUAUGUCUCCAAAAGAAUUUGGCCCUUUUCUUUAAGCACGCUCCUGAUAUGGUCACAGGGUACCUGGAUAAAGUGGCCAAGGGCAAGAAGAAAGUGAGUGGCGAGACAGUUACUCCAAACAGCCUUGUUUACCGUAUACUUUCUGGAACCUCUGAAGGGAUGUCCAAGAUUAUGACCGCAUUGCCUUCCGCAAGAGAAAGACUAAAAGAAGCGGCGUUGAAGCUAGCGAACGGUCAGUGGAAUACUCUUAUUCAAGGUCUCCGUAAUACAUCACUACUAGACACCAAGAAUGGCCUAAAGGAAAGAGUAGAUCUCGGCGAGUGCAUAGCUAUCUGUGAUGUAUCUGGAUCCAUGUAUGGGUCUAGAGGAAAAGGUGAGAAUACCCCUUUAUACGCUGCUAUUGGUUUAUCUUUGGUCAUUGCGAAUUUGGCUAAACCUCCAUUUAAUGGUGCUUUGAUUACCUUUUCACAAAGACCUACGCUAUUCCAUAUUGAUACGUCUCUUCCCUUCAGUCAGCAAGUGUAUGAAAUUCAAAACAACAUGGAAGAUGGCUAUAACACUAAUCUAGAAUCUGUGUUCCUUGAUGUACUAUUACCGAUGGCUAUUGAGAAUAAACUGAAGCAAGAAGACAUGGUGAAACGACUGUUUAUCUUUACCGACAUGGAGUUUGAUGAAAAUGGACAAAGCUAUGGUAGAUAUGAUGACAAUGAGGCUUAUAGAAAAAAGCAUGAAACUACAUACGACUCUAUAUGUCGCAAGUAUCGUGAAGCUGGCUAUGAACCUCCUGAGAUGGUCUGGUGGAACCUUGCUGGUAGUGGUUCAGCCUCUUUGGAAAAUCUAGAUGCUCCUGUGACAAAGGAUCAAGUAGGUGUCAAGAUGCUGUCUGGUCUCUCUACAGGCAUGGUAAAGGCCUUCCUCGAUGGCAAUGAUCCUGCCGAUGGUAAUGAUCCUGUCGAUGACAAUAGCAGUAAAGCCGCACCAGAAAAAAAGCAGUCGCCAAAGAGAGAAACCCCACAGGAUUUUGUCAAAAGGGCUGUUUAUCAUGAAAGCUUCAGAGGACUCAUCAUUGUAGAUUAAAUGCAUUCAUUCCCAUUUUUUUUUGUACAUAUUUCAAUCACAAAUCAGUAAAUGUAUAUAAACAUCAAUUUA